UCUUAUUUUAAAAAAAAGGACGAGACCUAACACACGCUGAAGCACCCACGCCUACAUCUCUCUCGUUACCCUCUUCCGCCGCGAACCCGCCGCAGCCACCGUCACCGUCGACCGCCGCCCCACCCUCCUAUCCCUUGUCUAUUUUGCUUAUAAUCCUAUCCCGCGAACACACAACGCGCGCGCACCACCUUACGCAUUAACAAUUCCCCUUUUCAUCUUCAAGCGUUUAACUGAAUCGGCAUCUACCGCCCCAAUCAAGCUUGCUGAGUGAACAUUGAUGAAUGAAGGUUCACUGAGGAUAUGAGCAUAUCACUUUAGAUCUUCAGGAGAGCUCAUCUGGUGUUCCGUGAAGAAUUUUGGUGAAGAAAGGAACUACUUAUGGCUAGACUGUUGACUGGUGAAACCUCCCAUCAUGGAGCACCUGUAGAAGAUGUCGGUUCCCACUGGUACUUAUCAAGGAAGGAAAUCGAAGAGAAUUCUCCUUCUAGACAAGAUGGUAUUGAUUUGAAGAAAGAGACUUACCUGCGCAAAUCAUAUUGCACAUUUUUGCAAGAUUUAGGCAUGAGGCUGAAAGUGCCACAGGUGACAAUUGCUACUGCAAUUAUAUUUUGUCAUCGUUUCUUCCUUCGUCAAUCCCAUGUGAGAAAUGACAGAAGGACCAUUGCUACCGUAUGUAUGUUUCUAGCGGGUAAGGUUGAAGAAACUCCUCGUCCUCUUAAAGAUGUGAUUCUUGUGUCGUAUGAGAUUAUUCAUAAAAAAGAUGCUGCAGCUAUGCAGAGGAUCAAGCAAAAGGAAGUGUAUGAGCAACAAAAGGAACUUGUUUUAUUGGGAGAAAGGGUUGUGCUUGGAACACUUGGUUAUGACCUGAAUGUACAUCACCCAUAUAAGCCCCUUGUUGAGGCAAUUAAAAAGUUCAAGGUUGCUCAAAAUGCCCUAGCUCAAGUUGCAUGGAACUUUGUAAAUGAUGGGCUUCGGACUUCUCUGUGCUUGCAAUUUAAGCCUCACCACAUUGCAGCAGGUGCUAUAUUCCUUGCGGCCAAGUUUCUCAAAGUGAAGCUUCCAUCUGAGGGUGAGAAGGUUUGGUGGCAGGAGUUUGAUGUCACCCCACGACAGUUGGAGGUGGUUAGCAACCAGAUGUUGGAGUUGUAUGAACAAAACAGAGUCCCACAAUCACAGACAAGUGAAGCAGAAGGGAGUGCUGGUGGUAGUCAGCAACCUCCAUCAAAGAUGCCUGCUAAUGAAGAACAUGUUACCAGUUAUAGUUCCCCUCAUGGCGGAUCUGCUUUGAAGAGUUCGUCCUCUAAGCCUGCACUAUCACAGCCAAGUCCUGAUGAACAGUUCGUCGAUAAUCACAGUGGACCUCCUAGAAAUACUCAUGCACAAAACAAUGAGUAUGAAAGUUCUGAAUAUAAUAGUUUUCCAGAUCGCCGGGGAGAGGAUGUGAUUCAUGAACGAGAGGCCCUUCCACAGCAGGGGAACUCGGGGGAGACCCAGAACAAAACUAAGCUCGGGCAUGGGGAGGAGGAUCAAAAAAGGGACUCUCUAGAAUCUAAGGACAAAUAUCAUGGAAGAAAUGUGUCCAACAAGGAUAUUGCACUUAGUCAGUCACCUCAUGAUGCUACUAGAAAGCUUGACAGGGAGAAGAUUAAAGCUGCCUUUGAAAGAAGGAAGGCCCGUGGAGAUAUAACUCGUAAAAUAGACCCUGUGGAUGAGCUUGAAAAGGAAUUGGAAGAUGUGGAAGUUCCUGGGGACAGUGAGAAGACCAAGCGUGAAAGAAAGCAAAGCUGGAACAAGCCGUCAAGGACAGACCAUGAGAACUCCCACAGCACCAAAUACGACAAUGAGUCUGGAGAUGCGCAAUACCCGCUAAUGAAGGGGCAAUCCUCGCACGGAGAAGAUUUUGAUACUGUAGAAGAAGGUGAACUUGAACCAUCUGAUAUAGCUGAUCGGGCUUAUCGGUCACCUCGCACGAGCCGCAAGAGAAAAGCCGGUAGCCCGUUGGCAGGUAGCCCGUUGGAUAGGAAUGGACAGGGGAGGCCUGGGUAUUCAGAAAGAGAACACAAACGGCAUGGCCAUGAACGGGGUUGAUUGCUUGUGCAUGUCUGAAGUACUGUGCACGGCGGCCGAGUUCUUGACAGGCUGGUUACUGAAGAAAGAAGACAUAAUGGCAGAGAAUUGGAGAAGCUGGGAGCUGCUUUGACAAGAUGAAGGGCUCUUGAUAUUAAGGUUGAUUAUUUGGAUCAUCUCUGCAUAUGAUUCACCUGUUUGAACAUAAGUUCCAGGUUAAAAUGUUGAGGAACCAAUUAAGGUGAUUAUUAUAAUUUAUCAUUGACCUUGAGUUGGCACAUAUAAUGAGAGAAGAUGCAAGAUUUGAUUUCUGCCAUUUAAGGUGGUGACUGAGGUGCAUUCAAGUUGUAACAGUAACAAGAGAAAGAAGUGGAAAUUUGUUCAAAUUUUUGGUGGAUUGUGACAGUUUGUUCCAUUUACCAUCUUCACAUUUUCAUGCAGAACAUUAAAUUUUCAACUGUUUAAUGCCGCAUUUCUUUACCUUUUCCAUUGUUAGGUUAA